GGCACUACGCAUUUAAUUUCUUAGUUGCCUUGCGAAGUUACUAUUCCUGCCUCAACACCUAAACAUAUGCUUCGAGGACUUAAUGUUUUAAAAAUUUGAACAUACAAAUUUUUAGACCAAUGUAGUGCAAUGGCCAGGUUGUCAGAUGCCGCCUCCGUCGCUGAAUCGUCUGCCCACCCGCCUCUUGUGUGAAGCUGCCAGCGAUCACGCACCUAAAGUUUACAAAAUUGUUAGUUUUUCACCGCUUAUCAACCUGCUGUGAUGACAUGAACCGGUUCGACGGAAAAAAUCCUGCAACGAAGAAGCUGACAGCGUUGCUGCUAGUGCGUCUCACGAUGUCAUCCGACGUUGUGCAUCAAUGUUUUUAGCCUUUACCGAGUUUAGUGGCUGGCUGCCACUGCGACUGACAGUGCGUGAACAACGUUCACUCGUCUCGUGCUCGGCCCAAAAACAAAUGCCGGACCGCAGUACAACCCACAGCUAACAACAAGCCGUGCUCCUACUCUAGGUGUCGGGACAUUCUCGGAGCUGACCAUCCCCACUGUGUAGCUUAUGUGAAUGUCAGCUGCUGAGCUGUACUGCACAGAGUGGCUGGAUCUCUCCGCCUGGUUCAAAUUAACGCCCCCCGCAGGACGUGGUGUUCGCUCGCGGCAGAAGCAGCAGCUCUCUCCUGUCAGUCAACAUGGAGCUUCGCCCCCUCAAGUAUCUCGUGGUUUUCAUGGUUUUUACCUUCUCCGCGACCCUGGUGUUCCUGCCCCUCAGUCUCUCGCACAGAAUUCGUCACAUGCGGGACCCGAGGCGGAGACAUGUCUAUCAGACAGCAGUCUCACUUGUGAGCUGCUUUGGUGGUGGUGUUUUUCUCGCUACAUGCCUACUUCAUCUGCUUCCUGAGGCACGCAACCAGUUUAACAAAGGCAUCCUCGACCAUUGGGAAAAUGUACCAGACUUCCCAUUCGUAGAGUUCCUCUGCAUUGGAGGCCUGCUCCUUGUCCUCGUAAUUGAGCAGGUGACACUUUUCUGGAAGGAAAUACAAUCAAGGGCCACUUAUAAUACCUCGUCUCCAUUUGGCCGGGACACACCUGUGGCGAGCUAUGGUAGCCUCCAGCAGUCAGACUCAUAUGGUGACGGACUUGUGCGUGGUGUGGCCGAUCACACCUGGUGUAGAAGAUGCAGAGGCAGAGGAGCGUGCUAUGGAAUCCAUCACGGAGACCCCAACUCUCACUCCAGCCUCCGGUCCAUAGUGCUUGUGCUGUCCCUCUCACUGCACUCAAUCUUUGAAGGAAUCGCCAUAGGCUUGCAGCCAAAUGUACAGCUCCUGCUUCAGAUCCUGGCAGCCGUGUCCAUACACAAGAGCAUCCUAGCUGUUACCCUAGGAAUCAACCUGGCGCACAGCCGGCUCGGGCGUUGCGGCAUUUUCGCGAGUGCAAUCACCUUUUCACUCAUGGCUCCCCUUGGCAUGGUGUUUGCCAUACUGCUUAUGCAAACGGACACUGGAGAAGCAGCACUGUUGAGUGGCAUUCUUCAGGGCUUGGCGUGCGGGACGUUCCUCUAUGUGACUUUCUUUGAGGUGCUGCCCCACGAAAUGAGCCACACGCAUAACAGGCUGCCAAAGGUGCUCUCUAUGGUCUUGGGUGUUAGCACCAUCACAGUGCUGCUCUUGUCUCUUCCUCACUGAUCACAUAUCUUUUAAUUGCCUGCUACUGAUGAUGCCUGCUAAAGCUUUGCCUGUCGCUGCGUGGCUCAUUGCAGGCAACAGUGUGGUUCCGUUGGUUGGUAUAUAAUCUAGACGGGCCUUUGCAGCUCCAUUGAAAGUGCUGUGCCCUAUUGUUGCUACCGUUCAGUGCAUGGCCCAGACCUACUGCUGCUCAAUUGAAAGAGUGAAAUAUUAUCAGCGCGUACAAGAGGUGAAAGAUGUUUCAAUAGAUUGCAGCUAAUAUGUGCAGCAUGAACACAGUAAGCGAACCAAAAACAAAAUCUGCACAGUAUAGUGUGCAGCUCUUUCUAAAGCUAGCAACCUGAUUGCCUUUGAACUCGUGCUCCCAUUUAAAAAAUUUAAUCACAUGCACAGAUACCCUAACAAUAUGGAAUGUAAGUAGUGGGAAGCAUUCAUUGCCAGUUGGGGUACCGUGUCCAGGUUAUCACUUAUAUCCACGAUAUUGGAAUAUCUCUUGUAGUUCUCACCGAAUUAUAAGAAAUAUGCCAAAAAGCAUUAGAUGUAAUCUGAGUGGUGCAGAAUGGCCAUUUCAGGCAACAAAACAAUUUUCUAUAUUUUCUCAUGUUUUUUUUUUUUGUUUUUUUUUCUGUGACAUACUCAGCAAAUUUUCCUAAUGGUGCAUUCUAUCUUCACAUGUUGCAACUAUUGUAGAAAGUGUACCCAUCAUUGCAUUAUGUCUGUGGCUCCAAGUUAGAAUAGAGAACUUGCCAUGUGAAUCAAGAGUAAAUGGAGCACAUUUCGCAUUUGCAUGCAUAGUCCAGUUCCAAGCUAUAUUAUGUGCAAAUGCAGCUGUGUCACAGUACUGUGUUUUGUUCACCAUCUAUACUCUCCAGUACAACUUAGGCUGUGAUGACAGCUGUGAGGCUGCUACGGUUUUAUCUGGACCAAGCAACAAAAUUAAAGGGCACUUGGAACACCCAGUUGCCUUUGAAGCCACUUCACUGAAAGCAGGACCAAAUUUUUCAACAAAUGAGUAAUAACAAACGAUUGUGCCUUGAGAUGGGAGUAUGCAAGAAGUGUAUAUAUUUUCUAAGCUGUGAUACAUAAUGAUUGUAGUGACCUAUUCAGUGUGCUUAUUGUAACAUGACUGCUGUAGUUUGUUGUACUAUUAAGUAUAACCACGUGCAGUGCCCGGUGUGUCUUUUCACUGUAUAUUUAGAUUUUUUUCCCCAUUUAGUCCAGGCACAAUCAUACUUGCAGGUAUUAAAAAAACGUAUUGCUGCAGCUAGCUUGGUUUACAUUCAGAAUGGAUUUUUUCCUUACUUAUUCUGAUGCUAUUGCAAGUAAUUGAGCAUAGUGUUGAAGCCAUGCAAAAUUCAUUUGUGUAUUGCAAGGGUUCCCAAGUCCCUACUUUUUGGGCUUGCAAAUAGCAGGGAUUCGAUAGGUGCAUCUAGUCAGCUCAGUAGAUUCCAGUUAUAGCUCAGUAGCUCAUUCCAGUUACAGGAACUUUAUUAUAUAACAGCCAUGGUGGCAGUUGCCACAACUUUCAUGCAACCGUGCAACUUUCAUGGAACUGUGCUUUUUCUAUUUAAUUAACCGUCUGUACAUGGUGCUUUCAAGCUUGAAUGCUUUGCAUAUAUAAAAUUUAAGAUGAUAUUGACACUGCAACUUAAUGCAGUCAUCUUAAUUCUCUAACAGACAAAAUCUGGCACCUUGGCUCUAAAAGUCCUUUUUUUUUCUGCCAUGUUAUGACCAAUACUGUUCACUGAGUUACAUCGAAUGAACAGAUUUAAAAAAUAUAUAGACAUAGUUUCUGACUUUGUUUCAUGUUCCAUCAUCGCCUCUCCUCACCCUACUUUAACCUUUGCAGAAUGAAAUCUACGUUGGAACUUGCAUAAAGCUCAAAUUGCUUCGCAUGCAAGCAGACAGUGUUGGUUCGGACAUUUGUAUGUUGUUCUGAAAAGCUCUGUAGUGUGUUGCCCCUGCAAUGGCCACCAUGAAAAGUGAAUCUCAUUGGCACAGUUGUUAUGCAUAAGCUUUGUUCGCACCUGUAGCUUAGUUAUUCUACCUUCAGUGCUGUUCUUUAAUCAGUCGCAUUAGUUGCUGCUUUUGUACCGCUCUGAGCACAGAAUUGUUUUGAUACUGAAAAUGGGAUGUGCCUUUUAACAUGUAUGGGCAGUGUUGUACCAGUGAAUAAACGGAGCUGUUGAUUUUU